GUCAGUCGUGUUUGAAGCGUCAUACUACGCAGUUUAUCCAUCGUCAUUCUUCAAUCGAGACGAGCAAACCGAAUUUUAAACGAUUCACGUGAAUAAUCUGCUUACAUCACUCCUUCUGGACUUCCGAAAAGAUAAAAUGACGGAGAACAACAAAGUGGAUGAUCCGCACUUUCGCCACUUAUUCGACGGGAAUACGUCAUUCAAUGUUUAUAAAAAAGACGUAAUUAAUUUAUCAGUAGGAGCGCCAGGCCCUGACCUGCUCAAGAAUUGCGGGAAAAUUCUGUUAAAAGCCACUGAACACCGAGCGACAGAAGAGGAAAAAGAGGGAAUGCAUUAUCUCUACCAGUACGGGAUAACCGCAGGUUUGUGGGAAUGCAGAGAGCAACUAUCUGAAUUCCUAACUCGGCGGUAUGGAGACAUUCCUGUCAAGAGAGAAAAUCUAGUGUUGACUUGUGGCGCAACUCAUGGGCUGCAAUUAAUAUUGACAACAAUUUUAUCACCGAAUGGAGUUAUAUUCGUUGAAGAAGUUACUUAUAUGAUAGCCCUCGACGCCUUUCGACAGUUUCCCCUCAUAAGAAUCGUUACAGUUCCGAUGAAGGAUAAAACCGUGGAUAUCGAGGCGUUCGAGAAAAUCGUUGUAGAGGAGAAGAGAAGAAACGAUUAUUAUCUGAAUGAUCAGAAGAUCUUCUGGGGGAUGUUUUAUACGAUUCCCACUUAUCAUAAUCCUACGGGAAUGGUUCUACCGGAAAAUAAAUGCAGAAAAUUAAUUGAAAUAGCUAGAAGACAUUCCGUCGUAAUUGCCUGUGACGAUGUUUACAAUCUUCUCCACUACAACGAAGGCUCUCCACCCAGGAGAUUACUAGCUUACGAUUCCCCAGAUGAUGAAGAGUACAAAGGUGGCAAUGUUAUAUCCAACGGAUCAUUUUCUAAAAUUCUGUCGCCAGCAAUUCGUCUCGGGUGGAUCGAAGGGCCUCCUCGAGUAAUUAAAAUUCUGCGACUCUCAGGAAUUCUUCUGAGUGGAGGAGCAGUGAAUCAUUAUGUGUCUGGAGUUAUCACAAGUCUUUUAGAACUUAAAUAUGCAGAUGAGUACUUGGAUUUACUCAAGAAGACUUACGCAGAACGUCUAGCAGCCGUUUGUGAAAUAUUGAAUCGGUAUCUCCCUCGAUGUUGCAGUUAUGAUAAGCCAGAGGGUGGAUAUUUUAUUUGGAUCACCCUCCCUCCAGAUUGCGAUGCAGCAGAAUUCAUGAAAUGGUGCAACGAAAAAUAUAGAGUGACUGCGAUACCAGGAGUAAGAUUUUCGAACACUGGUGAAGCCAAAAAUUUCCUGAGACUCAGCAUUGCGUUUCACCCGACCGAAACCCUGAGGAAUGCAACUCAAAAGUUGUGUGAGGGAAUCCUAGAGUACGUCAGAAAUGACAUGAAGAAGUCCUAAUAAUGCUCAAGCUAUUUAUAUUUGUGAAAUUCGAAAGAGAAAAAAACUAUGUACAAAAAAAUUAAAUUCAGAAGCGAAGUAUUCCAGGAAUAUCUCUGAAUCUUAAAGAACUAGCAAAAUUUUUCUGGAGUCUUUUUUGUAGUAUUCAUUGCACACUAGACAAAACAUUCUGAGGAAAUUUUUGUGUUUUUUGAUAUUUGUCAAACACUUGACUAGGGAACAGAUCAAUUUGUUACCCUUUACCUUGUCAUUAUUAAAUUGCAUAAACGUAUUUA